UAUCCAGAGCUGCGCGAGCCCCUGCUGAGCCACGUGCGCGCCCUCACCCCCCACCAGCAAGCGCACAUCCCCCUGUCCACCAUGGCCAUCCUGGAGGCCACCACGCGCCACGAGCCCGAGGGGACACCUGGAGAGGAGAAGCCCCCCAAGCGCCCGAGCGAGGACGACCCCAAGGCCAAGGGGGGUCCCCCAGCCCCGGGGGGGGGUCCCAGCUCGGGGUCCCCUCCCCCCGAAGCCCCCCCGGAGCUGGGGGGGGCGGAGCUGGAGCCCCCCUCGAUCUUCAUCAGCGUGGCCGAGGAUGAGGAGAGCUCGGGGGGGGGAGGGGACGCCUCGCCCCCCGACGCCGCCCUGGAGACCCCCAAGGUCAGCCCCUCCCCCACCCCGCCCCGUGCCCCUUUUUGGGGAGGGGGAGGGGCAUUGUGA